AUGGCACUAGUCAAUAAAAGGUAUUUUAGUCAAUGUUGGCGUGUUUAUGAAGGUCAUGUUCCAAGGUUUGCCAAAACAAUUCUGGCAGCUAGUAAAGCACCACUUACAAAACCAAGAACUAUAACAAGACCAUUUGGGUAUCAGUCACCAGUGCUUCUAAAUCAUCGCACAGCAGACGUGUUUUCUAUCGGAUGGUUAAUAAGGGAGCUCUUUGGACUGGAAGCGAAAGAACGCCGACAGAAAAAGCUUGAUCAUGAAAUAUCACAUUCACCAUUUUACGAAUCAAAAUCAUUUUUGAAUACCAAUGGAAAGAUUUUCACUCCUCCAGUCUCGUACUUCAAGCAAGAAAGAGCUCAAUACUUCCCUGAGUUUAUUUCAGCUACGCUUCUGAAAAAGCACCAGAGCUUGUAUGAGCUCCUUGAGAACAAAGUCAGUGUGUUGAGGAUCUAUUCUACAUAUUCAGGCGAUAAAUGCUCCAGAACAUAUUUUGAAACCAAGGAUGGUAACUACCUAAACGAAAAAUAUGACAAAUUUCUCUCGAUGUACCCAAGUGCACAGAUCAUUGAUGUAAAUGUUCCUCAAAGUUGGAUUAAAGGUUUUCUUGUAAAGAUUUUCGUGGGGCGUAUAAAAAAGGCAGUAAACAGAGAAAGGUAUCGAAAAUAUAUGAUUUUGCCUGAACAUAUUUUCUCGUAUGAUGUCAGAUCAAAACUACUUUGUGAUAAUAUGUGUUCUGGUUACGUCUAUGUGUUGGACAAUGAAGGUAAAAUUAGAUGGGCUACUAGUGGUAAUGCAGACGAAGCAGAAAAAAAGCAGCUAUGGAAGUGUGUUCUGGGUCUUGAGAAAGAGCUCUCCAAGACCCUGCCUCAAAAGAUGGAGAAAACUACUGAAUGA